AUAGUCUCAGCUAGUAAAGCUGUUGUACUAUUCGGUCGAGUUGGGUAAAUAGACGUUUGGUUAAAAGACAAUCAUCAAUAAAUUUCCUUCAUUUCUCUUUACUGAAGUAUUAUAGUUAUCUCAAUCAGGGGCGUGCUUAUACUCAUUUUAAUUGUAUCAGGCUGGAGUGAACUUUAACAAGUAGUUGAAAUUAUUACUCGCAUACAUAAAAUUGUAAAUAAAACUGAAAAUUAUUAGCCUUCGAUAUACCAUUUUAAAAUUUGGGCGCGUAUAAAGAGGCAUUAAUAAACAUGCGCCAGCGCCAAGGAAAAGGUUACCUAUACUUGGAAAGCGAGGAAAAUGCGUUAGUGUUGUUUGCGUGGGCGCAUCCAGAAAUUGGGCCGCCAAAUUCUACACUGUUAUGGAAGUUUGCGGUGCUAUUAGAUCUUUGGUGGACGUAUUUUGAAUUUGAAAAUGGCGGAAAGGUGCAAUGGAGUCAAAGGUCUGGUGCAGCACUCACGGCGCAUUGGAACAACCACCAUUUUGAUGUUGAUCUAACUGCGUUGCCACUGUCGCACCAAAAAUGGUAUAAUGCAAUUGCGAAUGAUCCGGACGUGAUCAGUUUGAGAAACUUGGCAUCAAGUUCAAACAAAUUUGAAUUAUUGCGUCCGAUUGUUCAGUUGCACGAAGAUCAGUUAUAUGGGCGAGUGUCGGCAACAUACUAUAGCAAUCGGGCAGCGCAGGAACAAUGGUUAUCACAGAUGGAGAACCUAGAGGAUUAUCAGGUGUUGAGAAAGGCUUUUUUGGCUAUUCAGAGCAAGGUCAAGAUGCAAGGGUUGGAGUCUCCGUUAGCGGCCAGGGCGCAGAGGGAAAUGGCAAAGAUACAAGAGAUGAAGUUACAAAUGGCGAUGGGUUCAAUGCUACACAUGUCCUCAUUUCAGUCUAGUAAUUCCUGUUACCAGAGUGGUGGUACAACAAAGACGGGGGUCAAUGGUAGUCAGAAUAAUUCAGAUAGUGGGGGAGAUCAAGACAUGAUGGAUACACAGCAAGAGGAAGAAGACCAGGAGCUACGGUCAUCGUCUACGGAUGACAUGCAAUUUCCUCAGAUGUCUAAGUUGGGGACGGCAGAGGGGACAGUAGAGGAGUCUGAAGCAAAACAAGUUGAUGGAGGUGCGAUGCCGAUAUCUGAAAGUGACGAAAAGGCCAGUGGCAAGAUAUUUUCGAAUGGUUUGGCGGUAAUAGGAGGGAAGUCAGGUGGCGAAAGAAAUUUUGGAGAUUUAGAUGAAUCAGAAAAUAUCGCAAAAUCGGGAUCUGAAGGCACGUCUUCGAGAGUGAAGUCAAAUGAGGGUCUGCAAGCAUCGGAAUCCACGACUUCGUCUGAAAACAUGGUAUCGGAAAAAGCUAAGGAGAACGACGAAUCGGGGAGCGGUACCAGUGCCAACCAUCAAGAUAAGGAAAAUAGUCAGAUGGGCGAGUAUGGAGGAGGGGGAAGUAAGAGAGCUUCUAAAGGCAGUGAAAAUGAGGCAACUUCGCAUGAAGGUCGAAAGGAAUCAAAUUUAUCAGGUACAAUGAAUGGGAGUGGUAGAGACAGGCACAGACCGCCUUCGUCGUCUGUACUCACGUCGUCUGUACGUCAUAUAAUGAAUAAAACCCUGAAUCCUAGGGGACAGGGUGGAGUUUCUACCGUUCACGGCGAUUCUCUGCUACCGGCGAAACAGGCAGCUGGUUGGAAGCAGCAAGAAGCGCCACAGCUUCGGGGUUCCGGCUAUGGUUCAACUAAACAGAGCGAAAUUUUGUUUCGCCAGCAUACAACUGAUGAGCUGGUCAAUCACAAACUAAACACAGAGACGCGUGAGGUAGAAAAGAUAAUCAAGCAAAUGAAAGGAGGAGGAUUGAUGUCUUCUUCGAGAUCACAGAAGAAUAAAAAGAAAAAGCCAAUAUCCUCAGUUUUAGGUGCAGUUCAAGAGUCUGGAGAGUAUCCGGUGAAAGGUGAAGAACUAGAGGCGAAUGCGGUGAAGCCUUCGAAUUCUAACCAAUUGAAUAGCCUAAGCAAUUUCGAUUCUGGCCAACCUGUCACAAAUUACGCUUCUCAUUCUGCAGACACAAAAAAUUCUGUACCUUCAAAUCAAAACGCAAUGUAUGCUUCAUCAAGUCUAGCUCGCCAAGCUCAGGCAGGUAAUGGUCAGUCUGUGCCAAAUUCUACUGAAAACGGCGUAAAAGGACCCGAAACACUUGCACCUUCUUCUAUUAACGGCGCACAACUACUAGCUGGUCAAAGACAACGUCAUCUAUCCGACGCUUCUUCAAAAAACGACUUCUCAUGCAGUGACGGUCACUAUCCUAUGCCUCCUUCGGCUGCCUUUCGUCCAGAAUUUUAUGGCAAACAGCUUUCUCCUGGCUGCGGCUCCAUUCCGUUGCCUACAAAGGAAGGUAAUUUCUAUCCAAAGCAAAUCUACAUCAAUAGUAAUUCAAAUAUGUUUGACCCUUCGGUUCAAAACUUCAACUUUUAUCCACCCUCUAUUCUCCAUGGCGCUGCUUUUCCUUCGCUCCCACUCUUUUUCCAAAACCACCCUAAUUCGUCUCAGCAAUACCUGCAGACUCUGCAUCCCUCCGCCCAACCCAGUGCGCCACCUUCCAGCGACCACGCAAAAACUACAAAGCCUAAUGGUAAAAAGCGCUCUAUUCAAGCCUCUGUAUACCCCUCCUCUUCAUCCGUCUAUACGUGUCCGCCCACAAAGCGUAACAACGACUCUACAUAUCCGGACAAGAACCCUCCCCCCCAAAACAACCAACAACGUCCAACGUCCCCCAACAACUCAAAAAAGCAGUCUUCAAAUCCCAAAUUCUUCCAACCGGCUCCUGGCCCUUCAGACAAUGCUCAUCCACCGGAUCCUAAUCACCUGCCCGUGCCCCCCCUCAACGAUCCCUCUCCUCAGCACAUACCCGUUCACCCCUCGUUCUCGUUCUUUCCUGCCUGGUCACCCAACCCAGCAUAUCUUCAAGAUCCUUUUCAGAAUCAUCCCAAUUCCAGUCAGGAUUCAUGUACACCAGGGUACUUUUCGAUGUCUCGUAUUGUUCCCCGCAUCAACGAUGAAGAGGUCAAACGAUUACUCAAUAAUAGACAGUUCGUUAAUAUCGCUCGCAUCACUGGCGAAUUUUUCGAUUCCCUUCCCCUCGACCGACAACGCUUACACCUGCUCUAUUGCAUGCUUCAGAUUCCUUCAGACUCUGAGUUUGCAUCCUUUUGCAGCAUGUAUGAUCGAGUCACGCGCUUAAUUAAUUCAUGAAAAGACUCGCUUCCUUGUAAUUAGAUGUAUUGAUUCCAUAUACGGAAAAAUCUAUUUUUA